AUGGGCGCGACGCAUACUAUCAACUACAGGCGUACGCCGACCUGGGAGGCGGAAGUUAUGAGGAUCACUGAGGGCGCCGGCGCCCAUCAUAUCUUCGACAACGUGGGUAUCAACGAGAUUGAGAAGUGUUUCGACUGCGUAGCGCCUGGCGGUGUGAUCACUACUAUCGGUUUCCUCGGUGGGGACGCAAAGACUACACCUAACGUUCCUAUGCUCGCACUAUUCAGGCAGGCUUCCUUGCGGGGCAUCAGUGGAGGCAGCAAACGGCAUUUCGAGGAGCUGUUGCGGUUUGCGGAGUUGCACCGGAUACAUCCUCGUGUGGACAGAGUGUUCCCAUUCGAUCAGGCUAUCGAGGCGCUGGAGUACUUGGGAAGUGGGCAGCACUUUGGGAAGGUGGUUAUUCGCGUGUCGUCGAUAUAA